AUGAAGAAUUAUGAAGAUAGUAAUGAAGAUGAAGCUGUGGAAGAUGAUUGUGUUUAUAAUGAUAAAAUAGCCAUGGAUAAAGGUAUGAAGAUAAAUAAAGAAAGCCAAUAUAUAGAUAUUGCUAAGUCUUUUAAUAAUGAAUUAGUUUAUCAAUUACUUGAUCCUGGAGGAA